CCUGUGUGGGUUUUCUCCGGGCACUCCGGUUUCCUCCCACAUCCUAAAAACAUGCAACAAUAAUUGGACACUUUAAAUUUCCCCUGGGUGUGAUUGUGAGUGCGACUGUUUGUCUCUAUGUGCCCUGCGAUUGACUGGCAACCAGUUCAGGGUGUACCCCGCCUCCUGCCUGUUGACAGCCGGGAUAGGCUCCAGCACUCCCCGUGACCCUUGUGAGGAUAAGCGGCCAAGAAGAUGGAUGGAUGGAAAAAUAUCACAUUUGAGCAAAACGUACAUCAAGUUUGCAGUUGCUGCAAAAAAAAACAACAACAGCGCUUUAUGCGGGUUUUAUUUUGGCGUGGUCCUCCAACCGGAAGUGCAGAGGUAACCCUCUCGUUGACGGCAAGUCGAGCGCAGCAGAGCAGCGCAACAUGGCGACUCCGAACAAUCCGCGCAAAUUCAGCGAGAAGAUCGCUUUACAUAACCAGAAGCAGGCACAAGACACGGCGGCGUUCGAGGAAGUCAUGAAAGACCUCAGCAUUACUCGGGCUGCCAGGUUACAGUUGCGGACUAAUCAGUAUUUGCAGUUGGGACCAAACCGGGGGCAGCACUAUGGAGGAUCUUUACCGAACGUCAAUCAGAUUGCAAACACCGCCGUUGAUUUUCCUUUUCAGAAGUCACGGAUGGACGUGAGCAGGUCAUCGCGACACCACGGGUUGGUGGAUAGAGUGUACCGCAACCGAAUGUCGUCACCACAUCAGAACCCGCUCACUGUGGACAAACACGGACGCCAAGUUGACAGCUGUCCAUAUGGCUCGGUAUAUCUGUCGCCGCAACCUGAUACCAGUUGGAGGAGGACAAAUUCUGACUCAGCACUUCACCAGAGUACAUUAGCUCCUGGCCAGCAGGCAUCCUUCAUGUGUGGAUCGCAGGAGCUUCAGCCCAAGAGAGUUCUGCUGCUAACAGUGCCAGGGUCUCAAAUUGUCAAAAGGGAAGUUGAAGAAGACGGGCAAAAACAGAGCUGGGAUUGCAAAAAGGACGUUUCUAGAUCGAAAUCUUACGAAGUCCCUGGAAUCCACAUAUUCCCAUCACCGGAGCAGCAUCUCAAACCGGUCGCUCACAGCACUGGCGGUUCUCUGCCUGACCUGUCAAACGUCCACUUCCCUCCUCUGCUGUCCACCCCACUGGACUCAGACAAAGCAGCAACCCUCUCAUUCAGUUCUCCCAACAAUACCGCACAAAUGCUGGAUAAAACACAAGGAGUGAAUGCCUGUCAACCCGCAGUAACCAUGGAAAUCCAGUCUGGGCAGGACAUCAUGGAGCCUCUCAUUCCGAACAUGGGAGAACCACACUGGCAACCUAAUUUACAGCACUCAUCAACAUCGGCGCCUCUCCCUCUCUCUCAGGCUGCGAUCAAUGCCAUGAACCUGGAGCAGCAGUUGUCCCAGUAUGCCUUCUUCAACCAGCAGCCGUCAUCCCAGACGUACCAGAACCAGCCCCAAACAGGUGCGGUCCAGAUGCCAUCCUCCGUGAUCUCCUGUAGCAUGUCGGACAGUCAGAUGUCGUCACGAUGCAACAUGAGCAUGGACAUGAACACGCCCCAACCACUCCAACAAUACCGCAGCCGGGUCGGAUCCUCUGCCAAUCAGUCUCCAACCUCGCCCAUCUCCAACCAAGGCUUCUCACCCGGAGGUUCGCCUCAACAUAACUCCGUACUGGGUAGUGUCUUCGCUGACUUCUAUGACCAGCGGGUUCCGUCUAUUCAGAACAAUGUGCUCUCUCAACAGCUGGAGCAGUUCAACAUGACAGAAACAUCCAACUGCCAUGACAGCUUCAACAACCAGACAUCCACCCUCAACUACUCGCAGAUGAUGGGCUUGUCUGGUGGCCACUGUAACAUCCAGGGCUCUCAGCAGCUGGGCUACAGUAGCCAUGGAAACAUCCCGAACAUCAUUCUUACAGCGAGUGGAGAGUCUCCUCCCAGUCUGCCGAAGGACCAGGCUGACCCCCUGUCAACAGAUAUCAGCUUUGACGUUGAUGCGCACUUCCCACUGGACGACCUAAAUAUCGACCUACUGACACUUGAUGGCCUGCACAUGCUCAACGACCCGGACAUGGUGCUCACUGACCCAGCCACAGAGGAUGCCUUUCGAAUGGAUCGCCUCUGAUUUUGGGGUGCAAUGAGAAUGACCAGCUUCCCUGCUUCUGAACUGGAAAAGUGGCAGCAUCCUAAAAGCAUCAAGGUACAAACUCUGUUUGUGGUUCUACCAACGACACAAGUACUUAAGUUGCGAUUCUUUGGUAAAAGAGGACAUGGUUUAAAGGAAUAGUGUGGUAUAGUCAAACUGAUUAAACAUUGUAAAGCAAAAGGCAGUGGUGUAGUAUGGGGCCAUGAAAUGGCCGACACCCCCAGGCUCAAAACUUUCAUGCAUCCAUUUUCCAGAGUGCUUAUUCUCAUUAGGGGAGGGGUAAGCUGCAGCUUGUCCCAGCUGACUUUGGGCGAUAGGCAGGGUCCACCCUGAACUGGUUGCCAGCCGCUGUUAUUUAGCUAACAAGACGAGAAAUUUCAGAAAUGAAUCAAAUCAGCCCCAAUUCCAAUGAAUUCGGGGCGUUUUGAUUAACGUAGAUAAAAACAGAAUGCAAUGAUUGGAUCCUAUAUUCAAUUGAAUACACUUCAAAGACAAAAUAAUUUAAAGUUCGAACGGAUGAACAUUAUUUAUUUUUGUAAAUAUAAUCCCAUUUUGAAUUUCAUGCCUGUAAUGUGUUCCAAAAACUGAGACGGAGGCUACAAAAGACUGGGAAAGCUGAGGAAUGAUCAAAGUCGGUUGUUUGUAACAUCCCAUGGAUGUACAGGUUAACUGGAAACGGGUGACUCUCAUGAUUGGGUUUUAAAGGAAUGUGUCACCAUGAUAAAAGAAACUAUAAAGAAGAUAGAAAGAUGAGAAAGCUAAAGGGCUAAUUAGAAACCAUCUGAACUCAGCCGCAAUAUAACUACUUCUGAUACCAAGUAAAGAUCCCACUCACCCAGGUAAUUACUGACCACUGUCACUAAUUAUUAUGGACAUCAAAAUCAUUUAUAAGGCUUUAGCCAGGAGACUAGAAAAAAAAAAUCUUCCCUCAAUAAUACCUGGAGACCAAACGGGUUUCAUUAAAAGUCAGACAUCCACCAACGUCAGGUGAUGAUAUAUAUAAUAAGUAUGUCCCAGUGUAAUAAUUUAAAAGCAAUGAUGUUGUCUCUCGAUGCAGAAUGAGAUUUUGAUAACGUUAACUGGUCUUUUCUUUUUUUCUGUACGUACGUCACAAAUUGGGUUUCUGUGACCCACGUGUUCGUUAGAUCGCAAAGUUAUGAAACUCCCCCAAAGCAACCGUCACCACAAAAGCAGUCACAUCACUAAGUUUCACUUUAAAAAAAGGAACUAGACAAGGAUUCCAACACUCACCCAUCCUAU